AUGGAGAGUAAAAAAAAUUGUACAAUUAUUUCGUUGAAUAGUGAAAAUGAGAACCAAAAAGGAACAUUACGUUAUAUUUCUUUUAAACUCAUUUGCUUAAGUUUAUAUGUAAUUGGAUUUUACUAUGUUUUUCUAAAUACAUCGUUAGAAAACAAGGGCUUACAAAUUGUUAAUAUUAGCAAUGUAUAUGAACGAAAUUUAGGUGAAGCAGAAAAAAAUAAUAACGGUCCACAAAGGAAAAGAAAUUUAAAAGUUAACAAUGAAGAUAUAAAUAAAACAAAAUCUAAUGGAAAUAUUAAAAGUAAUGAAGAAAAAGUAGAGGAAAAUAAAGAUGGUACUAACAAUGAUAUGAAGAAUAAUAAUGUGCAAAAUAAAAGUAAUAGUUCUUUGAAUAAUAUAAAUUAUAAUAAUUUAUCAAAAAAUUUAACAGAAAAGGAAUUAUUUGAUGUAUUAAAUUCAUUAAAAGAAUGCCCACCCAAAGAAGAUCUUAGAAAUAUAUGGACUCACACAUGUGGUAUUGCAAAAGAAGGUUUGGAUAAUGUAUAUAAAAAGUUAAAGAAAUCAAUACAGAAGUAUUUAGAUGAUGACUUUGUUGAUUCGUAUGAUACAGUUAUUGAUUCUGUAUAUUACUAUAGAUUGACAGAACAUACUACAAAAGUUUUUGCAGCAGUAGCAACUGAAGAGGGAGAAUACACUAAACAUUUUUAUACGUUAAUUAAUAAUAAACAUACACUUGAUGAUAUAUUAAAAUUUAUUUAUUCAUUCUUAGAACAUUUCAAAACAUUAAAAAAAGAGUUAUAUGAAUAUCACCAAGAGGCACUAUUAGCUCAUGUUGAACAAGAACGUUAUACACGGGAAACAAAUAAAAUUCGUCGAUAA